AUGAACUACACUCAGGCAAUCUACAACUGGAGCGACACUGACCUUUUGCAAUUCAAGAUCAACGGGGAGUGCCUGGAGGCCAAUUUCGACGCCUGCGCCGCAUUCGGCCGCCCCCUGGCGCCCAAGCUGCGCAGCCCUGGCCGCGACCCUCCCGUGCCAAUUGGAUGCAGGAAGGCCAACCUGACAAACCCCACCGUCAUCCAGUGGGCGCAGGAGCUCUCGCACUCUGAGGCCGGGCACAUGCGGAUCCUGCGUGAGGCACUGUAUGAUGCAGGGGUGGAGCCCAUUACCUGCCCCCCAGUGGACUACGCCAACGGAUUCACGGAGUUUUACAACAACGCUCUCAAGCGGACCGGCAAGGACCGCGUCAAGUGGGAUCCCUUCAAGGACGACCUCCACUUUUUGAUUUCAGCUGAGACUAUGGAGACCGCCGGCGUUGUGGCUGACCUGGGCCUGGCGCUGUUCUUCAGGGACCCCCUGUACGUGGCAGUGCUGGGCGGCCUAACGGGCGGCGCGGCGCAGUUCACUGCCAUCGACCGCACCCUGAUCUGGCCCCACAUCAACGACACCUUGGAGGAGUUUGACAUGACAGUCAAAGACUUCAUGGAUGCCGUGUCGUCGUACCGCGAUGCUCUGGAUGGUCCAGUCAGCAUCGAUCAGUCCUACAUCUUUGCUGGAGGCUGCUUCUUCCCAGAGGGCAUGGCGGGCCCCAUCAACACCACCCAGCCACUGCUCAUCCCAACCAUCCCCAAGUCGCUGAUCGCUGCCAACAACGAGCCCGUCGCCGUCACCUUUGAGCCCUGGGGCGCUGACCCCUUCAAGCAUGACACUCCGGCCUACACAAAGGGCUACACCAAGCUGCGGCCGGCUGGGGAGCCAUAUGUUGCCAAGGAGCCUGCCUCAUGCCCAGAGCCGUACCAGUUCCCCGCCCCCGGCGAGCGCACCACGCCCAAGGUCAACAACCCCAAGGGAGCUGUUGCCAACAAGCCAUUUGUCCCGACCGGGCCUGGCCUUCUGCCCCCAGGCGCGCUUGCGGGAGAUAAGGGCACGUGCGCCAACCAGUGA